AUGGCAGAGACAUCAGCAACAGCACUCGUCCUCCACGGCGCAAAGGAUCUCCGCGUGGAACAGCGCGCAGUCUCCGCCCCAACCGGCGCAGAUGUCCAGGUCGCCGUGCAAGCAACAGGACUCUGUGGCUCCGACCUCCACUACUACUCCCACGGCCGCAAUGGUGACUUCGUCGUGCGCGAGCCCAUGUGUCUGGGCCACGAGUCCGCCGGCACCGUCACAGCCGUUGGCCCCGACGUGACCACCCUCAAAGUCGGCGAUCGCGUCGCCCUCGAAGUCGGCCUGGCCUGCCGCAAGUGCGCCCUCUGCAAGCAGGGCCGCUACAACAUCUGCAAGGCCAUGCAAUUCCGCAGCAGCGCGAAGAUGUUCCCCCACCUCGACGGUACCCUCAUGGAGCGCACCAACCACCCCGCCGACUUGUGCUAUGCCCUCCCAUCCAACGUCUCCGACGCAGGCGGUGCGCUCGUCGAGCCUCUGGCUGUAUGUCUGCAUGCGAUCCGGCGAUCGCGCCCCCCGACCAAGGACGAGGUGGCCCUGGCAAAGGGAACGGGCGAGGGCACCGCGGCUCUUGUCUUUGGUGCUGGCGCCAUUGGACUCCUACUCGCGUCGUCGCUGGCGGCUGCCGAGAACUUCUCCACCAUCAUUGUAGCGGAUAUCGACGCUGCCCGUUUGAAAAUCGCCGCCUCGCUCGGCCUCAAAACGACCCUCAUCCCCCGCGGUGAUCCCGCCAACCCGCCCCCUCCCAAGGAUGCCCCGCACGCAGACCAGACUGCCUGGGCCCUGAAGAAUGCCCAGAGCGUCGCGGCUACUCUUACCGAGGCCGCCAACGCAGCUGACGCAUCUGAGGUCACUGGCUUCAGCCGCGUUUAUGACUGCACCGGCGUGCCUGCAUGCGUGCAGGCUGGUAUCUAUGCCAGCGCGCCGGGUGGUGUGCUGGUCCAGGUUGGCAUGGGUAACCCUAUCCAAACUCUGCCUGUUGGUGCAGCUGCGCUGCGUGAGGUGGAUGUCAUUGGUACUUUCCGCUACGACGGCCAUGCCUACCCGGCUGCUAUUGCGCUGCUGGCCAGUGGAAAGCUGGCGGCCACCGAGGAGAAGGUCGUGACGCACCGGGUUAGCUUGGAAGAUGGUGCGCGCGCUUUCAACCUUGCUGGUGCGGGUGUUGAUGAGGAUGGUCAUCCUGUGGUCAAGGUUAUUAUCGAAGGCAAGGCUCAGGCGGCGCGACUGUAG